ACUUUUGACUUUUUGUCUGUCAUCAUCAAGCAAUGAUGAAUGAUUUGUUGUACGAUAAUUUUACCUAGAAUUACUAAGUUUAUUUUGAUUAAAAGCUUUAAUUCUACACAAUUAUUCGCAGAGAAAAUUACGAUAUUUUUUUUGGAUUGUAUAGACCAGUUUACCAUAAUGGCAAAAGAAGAUUUGUUAUUACCAGUGGAAAUGGGAAAAUUAGAAAUAGAGCCCAUAAAAACAAACAAGCCUAUGAAAGAGGACAAUCCAUUUAUUAAUAAGUCUCAACAAAAAAAUAUUUUUUCAAGAAGCUAUGCAUCACAUUCUAAGUGUACAUGCCCACAACAAAAAAAUUAUAUGACAAUCUGCAAAAAGAAACAUAAUAAAGUUAUAAGAGAUCCUGUGUUAAAGAUUAUAAAAACAUGUAGUAAAGACAGUAGUGUCUUAGAGGAAGGUUGUAUAGCACAGAGUAAAGGUUACCCUUUAUCACGAACAAUCAACGCUGAUGUUUUAAACUUGUGUGCACUAGUUGAUAACUGUAACCAAUUAAGAAUAUCUUCAGAUGUGAAAAAACAAAAUGUAACUGCCAAAGAAGUAAAUAGUAAAAACAAUUGGUGGAAGAAUGACAUAUCACUUGCAAGACAAACAAAACAAUCUGUUCCCGAUAAAAGUCAAACUGGCACCUGUUCUCAGCAAGCACUUAAUCCCCCAUGUGAUGUCACAAUUGAUGAGUUAGCAAGUUACUUUGAGACACUGGUUCAUAUACCCAAAAAGAUGUCAUCAAUGGCUGAAAUGAUGUAUAUUUAAUCUUUCCGAAAUGUGGAUAACAGUUUAAAGUGGUCCAAAUUUUAUUUUUACAAUUAAUUUUGUCCUAUGAAUGUCAAUUCCUUUCAAGUUACUUAGUCUUAGAAUAAGAAUAUGACAUGUGUUCUUUGUUAAUUGGUACUAAAAUGAAGAAAUAAUAAUAUUAUUGUGAAUGUAAUAAACAUGAAAUUCAUAGGUA